UUGGCGGGAGACUGCGUUGGUUGGCAGCACUGUUAUCGUGUGUGGAUCCUGCUGACAGCCACUUAUGUUAUUGUGGCACAACAUACCCUGUUUUCUGAAAGCUUGCGCAAAAUUGUGUCUAUGAGUGACGUCUUAAGCUCUCGCUUUGGUUAUGGUUGUGGUGGUCUGAGGAGUCCAUGAAUUGACCCACCCUGAACAUUUUCUCCUUGUCAUAUUUUUUGUUCUAAUGUAAAUUUCAAGGAUUUCAUUGUACCAUGGCUCUUGACGUUCAAAUAUCGUUUAGUUGGACUAACUACUGUCGGCUGUGUCUUCUGGACAAUGGCAUUAUGUUACCUUUAUUUGAAGGAGAGGGGCAACAUCGUAAGCUGAGCCACAAAAUUGAAACCUGUUUGCAGUUAGUGACCUAUGAAGGUGACCCCUUGCCACGCAAAAUCUGUCAUACAUGCCUCUCCAAAGUCACCCAAAUGUAUGAUUUCCGAUCAAUGGUAUGGGCCUCAUAUGAAAGGUUAAAACCUAAACUACUACCUCUGCAACAUGUUCCUGAAGUUCAAAAGUAUCUCUUAAAAGCUGAUAGUCUGCAAAAAAAAUUAGACUCCAGCUCUCAUUGGAGCCAGUGUUCUACACCAAUCCCAUCAACUUCCAAAAUGAGUGGGACAGAUCGUCUUCCCCUGAUUCGUGUCAAAUCUGAGGAAGAGUUAAUGCAAGCCCCUGACUGUUCAUCUUGGCCAUCAUCAACUCUGUUCUCACAGCUGGAGUCAACUGUGACAGAGCCUUUCUUGUCAAGUACAUCCUUCAUCAGCUCAUCAAUCACAUCAGACUCCAACAUUCCUGCCAUGGAAUCAGCUCUGCCUUCUGACUAUCAGAGUGAUUUUGUUGGCAUGCAACCUGAAACUUUAAAGAGGAAAAGGCUUUCUCAUACUUCAGACACUAACUGUGACAGAGUCUUGUCUCCUGUGUUGAAAAAAACUAAGGGUAAAAGAAAGCAACUUGCGGGGCCUUUAUCUAGAAAGCAGCUUGCAGGGCCUUUAUCUCGAAUGCAAAAUCAGAAGUUAAAGUCAAUAUGUGUGUUUUGUCAGUCACAUUUCUCCAGCAAGCAAUCCUUGAAUACUCAUCUUGAAACAUGUUUGAGUUGUUCAACAUGUCAACAAGUGUUUUCUUCACUUGCUGACAAAGCCAUGCAUGAGGCUGAAAAACAUGUUUCUGUGUAUAUAGAUUGCAACCAAAAGCAUUUGAGUAAGCAUUGCUCUCAUUGCCCUGCCCAGUUUGCAUCUAGUGUGAUGUUAACUAUGCACAUCAAAGAAGAACAUUCCUCCCCCUCAAUACAAAAUCCUGAUGAUCACCUCGACGUGAAACCACCACGCUUGCUAGAAACAGGUAAUUCAUCCUAUUCAUCCUAUAUGUCUUCGGAAAAGAGUCACUUUGACUGCAAAGAUACAAGUGAUUCUGAAGAUCACCCCCUGUCUGAUUUUAAGAAGAUUGGAAAGUCAUACCAUCAGCAAAGUAGCGCUCAGAUGAAUAAUGAGUCUGUAGUCACCCAUGAUAACCAUAUUUGUAAGUUGUGUAAUGAGACCUUGCCUAGUGCUCUUGAUUUAGAGGAGCACAUCAAAAAAAUUCAUGGAAGGUUUAAGUGUCCACAUUGCGAAGACUCUUUUAGUUCCAAACCGGGAUUAAAUUCCCAUCAGAAAUUCCACGUGUAUAGGGCCAAAAAAAAAGGGAAAUUACGAGAGAGCAAAAGCAGCAUUUUAAAAGAUCUACUUGUCUCUUCCAAGAAGCCUUUUCAGUGUGAUUUUUGUUACGAAGACUUCGAGGAAGAGGAUGCAUUUAUUUUGCACCUCUAUGUUCAUGCCACCGAACACUCAGAUGAUGAAAGUAUACCCGUGAAAAAAAAUAGGAAAAGUACUGGGGACUUAAAAAAAUCAGUGGCUUCUAAUGUUAUUGAAGAAUCUGAUAAUCCUGUUGAACAAUUUAGUGUUAAGUGUGAACGCUGCCAUGUUGUGUGUCGGUCCAAAGAAUAUUACAAAAUUCAUCUUGCUACUCACAUGAGCAAAGCGAAAACAAAUUUUCCUUGCAGUGGUUGCAACCAGGAUUUCCGUAAUGUAGAAGCACUGAAUAGGCAUACUUGUUGUGGUAAACUAGAGAAUAUGCAAGUUUGUUGUUUGGAUUGUGGACAAGCCUUGGUGAAAGGUGCAGACCAUGUCUGUGACAACAAAUGUCCAGUGUGUGAAAAGGUGUUUAAAUCUGCCAGAGGACAAAGGCUGCAUUUUACUUCCAAACAUAAGCCAAAACUGCUUGUUGAAGAUGGUUAUGAUGAUCAACUUCAGGAAACUAAUUCUGCCGACAAAGAGUACCAGGAGGAGAUUGAUAAAUUGCAUGAAGAGAAUGAGCUGUCAACUUCACCAUCUAUUAAUGAAUCAUCUGUUGCUACAUUUAGUGGAAAAAACUCCUCUGCCCCACAUUACAGUGCGAAUGAGUCUCCAGACUCUCACUCAAGUAGAAAUAUGUCUCCUGACUCACGCCCUUGUGGAAGUGAGUCUCCCACUACACACAUCAGUGGAGAUGACCUUUCUCAUGUGAGUGACUCUGAUGCAGACAGCUCAAUUGGAGAAAGUCCAUUGAGGGAAAGACUCCCUCCUGAUGGGGCAGCUUUGGAACCAUUGUCUGUCCAUUUGGAACAAAUUGAGAAGAAUGCUCUCCUCUCAACUGCUCAUAGUUCAGGUGAUGAGGCUGUACCGUUUAUUAAAGAGCCUCUCCAUCCAAGUUCUUUUAGUAGUGGCAUAUUAUCCAAUCUGUGAAUGUGUUAAAGUAUUUGCCGAAUCUCUUUAUUUUUUUUUUUGAUUAAAAAGUUUUAAGAUGUUUUCACAUGGAAAUGUUAAAGUGCAGAUUAUUGCCAUUGUUAAAUUUAAUUUUCUCCUGUUCCUUUCUAAAAUUAUGAAAUUAGCAUUUGUGUAAAAUCAUUUCUCUUUUAUUUAAAUAACUGCAGAAAAAAUCAUAUUUGUAAAUCAUCCUGUUGUAAUAUUUUUAAAAUUAAACAUUUUACUUGAUUUAUGUGUUAGUACUUGUAAGUUACCUUUUUUCAGAACUACCAAAUCUGUAUCAAGUUUCUCUGAUAUUUUAGAAUGCGUACUUCAUUUCUGGUUUAAGAAUAUACUCUCAAUUUUUUUUCCUA